CUGUCGUGUAGCAUCUUUUUUCCGACAGUCAUUCUAAACCUCUCGGAAAGAUCAACAAAGCGUAAACAUGAGUCUCUCAGGAAAGGACAAGGCCGUGGUCAAGGCCAUUUGGGCAAAAAUCUCCAGCAAGUCUGAGGAAAUCGGAACCGAAGCCCUCGGCAGAAUGCUGGUUGUCUACCCUCAGACUAAGACCUACUUCUCCCACUGGGCUGAUGUGAGCCCUGGCUCUGCCCCAGUUAGGAAGCAUGGAAAGACCAUCAUGGGAGCUGUCGGUGAGGCUGUCGGCAUGAUGGAUGAUCUUGUCGGAGGUCUCGGUUCUCUCAGCGAACUGCAUGCUUUCAAGCUUAGGGUCGAUCCUGCUAACUUCAAGAUCUUCGCUCACUGCGUCAUCGUUACCAUUGGCAUGCUGUUCCCAGCAGACUUCACCCCUGAUGUUCAGGUGUCUGUGGAAAAGUUCUUCCAGAACCUGGUUCUGGCUCUGUCUGAGAAGUACCGUUAAAUUGCGGUGGUGUACGCCGAGAUACUUUCUCUAAGCAUACAAGACAAAAUUAAAUAAAUACUAAAUCAAAAAAA